CAGUUCAACAAUGGGCACGUGCUCAAAUAAACGAAGCACAAAACAGACGCCAGCUGCGCUUCAACGGCAUUUGUGUUAUUUAGGAUUGCUGUUUGUGAAACGUGGACGUUUAUUGCUGAUUUGUUUAGUUAUUUCAUGUGUUGUGGUGGUGGUAUUCAUCAGAUAUUUUGUUAUACUUGUGCAGAAGGUCUACGCGCUGAAUAAUUUAUUGGAAUUAUGGCGAAGGGAAUGAUAUGGCGUGAGAAUUUCUUGGAGUCGCGUGAGGCGGUGCCGCAGAUUCCGAUCCACCCUAUUCAAGCUGUGAGACCGCGCAGCUUAUAUACGGCCCACUCGUACUUGGCUGAAGAGGUGCCCAAUGACUACGGCCAGUACGAGUCGGCGGCCGAGCCGUGGCAGGCGCGCGGCGCCGGCCGGCUGCUGCGGCCGCCGCUGCGCCGCGCCGGCCGCUUCUGGCCGCUGCCGCCCAAGGUGGCCAUGGCGGCCGCCGCCGGACGGAUGGCGGCCGCCGCCCACCUGGACCGGGAGCUGCGGCCCGAGCUCGAGUACGAGCCGGCCGGAGAGGAGGCCGAGGAGGCCGGACCGAUGGCCACCUCGAUGGGCACCAUCACGCUGCGCCUCUACGACCGCGUCCGCGUCGACAUAUCGCUCAACGGAUCCGUGCGCGUCAUCAACUUCAAGAGUAACAUUGUUCUGGCUAUCAGCGCCACGGGCACCUCUGUGGCGCUGAUGCACCCUAACGGUCGCGUGUAUCAGUAUGGAAGUCGUGUGGAGAUUCGCACCAACGACACGGAAGGCAACUGCAAGUAUGCCAAGAUGUGGUACAAGGGCGUCAGCUUCACGUCGGACAGCUGCGCGCUGGUGUACCUGGUGGAUGCUGCCGGCACGCGCUCCACCACGGACACGUUCUCCGACCUGAACCGGGACUUUUCACUGGACGUGUUCUACUCGGAGUCGCGCUACGGGCCCGACUGUGUGCACGAGUGUCUGGCCGCCAUCGACGAGGCCAGGUACUGGGUGGCCGAGGACGGCAGCGAGGUCUGGGACGUGGCCGGCGUCCGCAUCACCCAGCAGCUCAACGGACAAGUCAAGCUCGUCGUUCAGCGGGACAACGGUAAGCGUCUGCUGCGCACCUCGUCCACUCUGGGCACGGCCAACAUCACCACGCCGUUCAUCCACACCACAGCCUCGAUGGGCCAGAACCCGCACAUCUUCGUGAGGCGCGGCGAGCGGCGGCUCCAUUACGACGCCACCAACUUUGUGGUCCGUAACGCGGGCCACUCGGCCGGCUUUGACGACCGCGGCCGCCUCAAGGUGUACUAGAUGUACGGCCGGCGGAGCCCGUCUAGACGGAGGAUAGCCGGGCGGGCCGGAUCAGGAAGGUGCCCGGUGAGUACCGCGAACCGGGGGCGGCCCCAGAGGGAGGCCAAUGGACGCCGCCUGUGCUGCUGCUGUGAAUAUCCGGCCGGAAAACGCACCGGCUGCCGCGGCGGCGCGGCGGUGGGGGCUGGCUGAGGCGACUCCGCCGGCGGGUCACGCGGCCGACGGCGCCCAGCCAGCCUCCCGAUGAUCGAGGGAGGACCGUGGUGUCUCGCUGCUAUGACUGGAAUCGCUGUAACCUUAUUCGGAUGUUUUAGAGGGCGUGCGACAAUCAUGAUGUCAAGUAAGAUCUUUACACUCCGUAAACGGCGAAACUAAUUUGAUUUUCUCCUGCAUUCGGCUUAUGUUGUCAAUUUUCAUCGGAGCAGUUUACGCUUUUACGGAGGGAUGCCUUAGCUGCAUCACUUAAAUAUUGUCAGCGUGUGUUUACUUGUUCUUUUCCACUAUUAACUUCAGCUGGUUGAUUCAAAUUAAUUGUUUGUAGUUAGUGUUCUGCAGAUCGACUUCCUAUUCGUGAUUUGAUUCUUCAACAAAAUCAUUCAAUUAAUAAAGUGCAUCUUGUUACCAUA